AUGCCCUCGCAACCCAAGAACAGACAAGAGGCCAAGAGCACGUACGUCCGCCUCACAAUUCGACCGACCUCAACAAUGGCGAUUUCCUGUGUAAACUUUGUAAACUCGGACGAUUUAUUGGUCCCACCUUCGUGGAUUUGCCGGGGAAAUCUGUACUUGUGGUCCCUCGUGAUAAAUUUGUCUCUACUUGUGGUACCCUGGUGA